GUGGGGGGUGGUUGGUCUCCCUGGUUUCCUCGCCCGGAGUGCCCCAGGGGUGGUUUGUUGCAGGUUACAGCGCCCCGAGCGCGCCCCCCGCGUACCCCCAGCCCGUGCAGGGCUACGGCAGCGCCGCCUACGACACCAGCACGGCCACGGCCACCACCACCCCGACGUCCUACGCCGCCCCCGCCGCCUACGGCACCCAGCCCGCGUACCCGGCCUACGGGCAGCAGCCGGCCCCCGCCGCGCCCGCCAGACCCCAGGAUGGCAGCAAACCAGCAGAGACCAGCCAGCCCCAGUCCAGCACGACAGGCUACAGCCAGCCCAGCCUGGGCUACGGGCAGAGCAACUACAGCUACCCCCAGGUGCCUGCCAGCUACCCCAUGCAGCCCGUCAGCGCUCCUCCCUCCUACCCCCCGACCAGCUAUUCCUCCACACAGCCAAGCAGUUACGACCAGAGCACUUACUCCCAGCAGAGCAGCUAUGGGCAGCAGAGCUCCUACGGCCAGCAGAGCAGUUAUGGGCAGCAGAGCAGCUACGGGCAGCAACCCCCUCCCACCAGCUACCCCCCUCCCAGCGCAUCCUACAGCCAGGCCCCCAGCCAGUACAGCCAGCAGAGCAGCAGCUACGGCCAGCAGAGCUCAUUCCGCCAGGACCAUCCCAGCAGCAUGAACAUGUACGGGCAGGAAUCCGGAGGCUUCUCCGGCCCAGGAGAGACCCGGAAUCUGAGCGGCCCCGAUAGCCGGGGCAGGGGACGAGGGGGAUAUGAUCGAGGAGGCAUGAGCAGAGGUGGGCGGGGAGGAGGACGCGGUGGAAUGGGCAGCGCUGGAGAGCGAGGUGGCUUCAAUAAGCCUGGUGGACACAUGGAGGAAGGACCUGACCUGGAUUUAGGCCCCCCCAUGGAGCCGGAGGAGGACUCAGACAGCACUGCAGUGUAUGUGCAGGGACUCAAUGAUAAUGUGACCCUGGAGGAUCUGGCAGAUUUCUUCAAACAGUGCGGUGUUGUCAAGAUGAACAAGAGGACGGGGCAGCCCAUGAUAAACCUGUACAUCGACAAAGAGACAGGCAAGCCCAAAGGUGACGCCACCGUGUCCUACGAUGACCCAUCUACUGCCAAAACAGCCGUGGAAUGGUUUGAUGGGAAGGAUUUCCAGGGCAGCAAGCUGAAGGUGACCCUGGCACGGAAGAAGGGCCCCAUGAACAGCCUGAGGGGCGGGAUGCCACCCCGGGAGCAGCGGGGAAUGCCCCCCCCUCUCCGAGGAGGUCCGGGGGGUCCUGGUGGCCCAGGGGGGCCCAGUGGCCCCAGCGGCCCCAUGGGCAGGAUGGGUGGAAGAGGAGGAGACAGAGGUGGCUUCUCCUCGAGAGGCCCGCGGGGGUCCCGGGGAAACCCCUCCGGAGGGAGCGUCCAGCACCGCGCCGGAGACUGGCAGUGCCCCAACCCGGGCUGUGGAAACCAGAACUUCGCCUGGAGAACGGAGUGUAACCAGUGCAAGGCGCCCAAACCCGAGGGGUUCCUCCCACCUCCCUUCCCCCCUCCAGGCGGUGAGCGGGGCCGGGGCGGCCCCGGGGGGAUGCGCGGUGGGCGCGGCGGGGGCCUCAUGGACCGAGGGGGCCCCGGGGGGAUGUUCCGAGGCGGCCGCGGCGGAGACAGAGGCGGGUUCCGAGGAGGCCGCGGGAUGGACCGAGGAGGCUACGGAGGAGGAGGCCGGAGAGGAGGAGGAGGAGGAGGCCCCGGGGGACCCCCCGGACCCCUCAUGGAGCAGAUGGGAGGAGGAGGCAGAGGACGGCGUGGAGGGCCGGGAAAGAUGGACAAGGGCGAGCACCGCCAGGAUCGCAGAGACCGGCCCUACUAACGCCGCCCCCCCAGAGCCUCAUUUACUACCAGAUUUAUUUUUUAAACC